AGGUAAAUGCACUGUCGGUACCAAAAGCAGAAUGUCAACAUUAGUCUAUCCGUUUGCAAUUUCCUGUUUUCUUCAUAAAAAUACAAAGUUCUGAUAAAGUUUCGCGUUAUAAUUAGUAAUUUGUCAGUGGAACGAGUGUCUGGUGGAUUAAUCGUUUGUCAGGACAUUGUGAAAGCACAUUACGAAUGACGAACGUCACGGUGGUGUUCGAGUAUGAGGAACCGGAAUACUGCCGACUGUGUCUAGCGGAGGCGACAGACGAUAACGAACUUUCGACAAUCGGAGAAUCUUGUAUCAGCGAUGAGGAUGACAUCACUCAGGUGAUUCGAACCUUGCUGCAGAUUGAGCUGGAUCCAGCGAAGGAUGCCAACUCGUUUAUUUGUUCGACCUGCUUGGAGAGUCUGGAAGAAUUUUACCGAUACCGUUCCCAGUGUCGGCAGCACAAUGUUACGCUUAAAAAGGAAGCAAUAGAACGAAAGCAGAAGCAAAUCGAUCUGGCGAAGAAUGCAAUUGAAAACACUAACGUGCUGGAUCAGGUUUGCGAAGGGGAACCUAUAAAGGUGAUUAUUCGGAUGAACAGUGAGGGGAAGGCUUCUGUUCGUAUCCAGGUGCAGUCGAAGGCACACGAUAAUCCCAGCAAGGACAACGAAAAGACUAAUGCUGUUGAUGUCGGUACCAAAUCUAAAAAUGAACCAACCAUUUCGUUGAUUGAAAAACAGUCACCUAAAACAGCACCAACACAGUCAGAAACAGCCACAAAUGUAGAAAAUGUGAAGAAUCCACCUGGUAAGCUUAUUCGUUUGCCGUCGCAUCAGUUUUAUUUUUACAAAACGAACGAAGGUUUUGGGUUGAUUUAUGGUGGUUAUCGAUAUUAUUGCUCCAUUCCACGUAAAAGCCGCACCUAUUGGGUGUGUGAGCAGCGAAACACGCACAAUUGUCAAACUUUGUUUCUGGCAGACAAAGCAUACGUUGUGUUCCAUUUAAAUUGGGGCCACAACCACGAUCCACCUAAGGUUCGCGAUAAUCUGAUAAUUUACAAAUCCUGUGACGUUUUGCACAAGGUUAUACAACGAGAUCGAGUUCGAGAACAGGAGAUCAACAAAACUCAGCAGAUGAAAUCGAACACAGCAAUAGAACCAGAUUCGCAAGUAAAACAAGAAACGUCUGACUCUGAAGAUGACGAAUCUCAGGACGUGCUAUCUGACGUUGAUGCUGACGAAGUCCUGUCGAUGGAAGUAGAAGUCAAAGAAGAACCAGGCUUGAAUGAACAGUCACAAUCGUCAGACUCUUCACAUGUUCAGAUCGAUGCAGGUGAGAAUAUGUACUUUAUUCAAGAACUGACCUAACUCGGGUGUACUGCAAAUAUCAAUAAACAAAGCUACACACAAGACAU